UAACCCAGGUAGCUCAGCCCGGCCUUAUAGUCCACUGCACGCUUCACAGCUGUGCUCUCAGGGAUGUCCCAAUAACAUAUUAGAUUGUACAGACAAACUUGUGAUAACAUUUUGGUUAAUAUUUUAAUCCGCAUGAUUAAUAAACAUGUGUGUAGACUUCCAGUUGUACUUUGCUCUUUCUCUCUUGUGUUGUCAUGUAAGCUGAAACCGGCUUUUCUUUCUCUCAGCUGAUCCUGCAGGUCUUAAGAUUUUGCUCAUUUUAAAAAAUUUACGUCGUUGUGAACUAGUGAGAAAGUAUGCUUUACGCAUGGGGAGCAAAUAAUUAUGGGCAGUUAGGUUUAGGAUAUAUUAGUGAACAAGAAGAAAUUCCCAAACAUGUGAACAUCGAACAUGAAUUUGUUAAAAUAAUUGGAGGUGGGGGGCAUACGCUGGCCUUGGAUUCUGAUGGGAACUUGUUUGUUUGUGGAUGGAACCGGUUUGGCCAGCUUGGGAUAGAAUCUGAUGAAAACUUGACAAGGUUCACAAGAACUGAUGUAUCCGGAGUUGUUGAUGUAGCCGCGGGAUGGGAUUUCUCUUUACUCCUGCUUCAGGACGGGACUGUUCUCUCCGCUGGUUCUAAUAAGUUCUUUCAGCUUGGUUCUGAUGAGCUGAGUAAGGUCGGAUCCUCCCAGUUUAAGAAAGUUCCAGGUUUGGAGAAUAUCCAGGGUUUGGGAGCAGGGUUGCGUCAUGCUGCAGCUCUUGACAAGACUGGAUCAGUUUACAGCUGGGGGUCAGGAGUAAAGGGACAACUAGGAAGGUCCUGGAAGGAUGUGAAGGACUCAUUACCAGCCCGUAUUCCAGAUUUAAACAAUGUGACCAGAAUAAGCUGCGGUCAAUUUUUCACUGUUCUUGGAACUAGUGAGAAUAAGUUGUUUGGUUUCGGUAGUAAUAAGUUUAACGAGAUAUCAAGUACUCUAGAGAAAAUAAUUCCUGUUCCAACUGAAAUAAAACUCAGUGGCUCUGAGACAGUGAGCUGUGGCUGGACGCACGUAGUUUGUCUUCGACAAGAUCGGUGUCACGCCUGGGGACGGAACAACUAUUUUCAGUGUGGACGAGGUCAUAGCUCUGGUUCAGAGAAUAUCUGUGAUGAAGGAUUACACCUAGUUGCUCAGGAUGAAUCCCCGAGUUUAAAAGUGAGAAAAGUUAUAUCAGGGUCCGAACACUGCCUGGCUCUGGACGGAGAAGGACGUGUUUACUCCUGGGGUUGGAACGAGCAUGGAAACUGUGGAACUGGAGACACUGAGAACGUUUCCUCUCCCACUAAAAUACAAUUUGAUAAUGAUAAAUCUAUUUGUGACAUAUUUGUUGGAUCAGCGCAUUGUUUUGCUCUGACCUCUCAUUAAUAUUUUCACUAUUUCAGA